ACCCCAUGAGCGCACCACGAGAUGUAAGCUCAGCAACAUGCAACAUUUAGUUAUGGUAGUUUUUAGCGCUAGCAACCCGAGAUGUAGUGAGCUCCCCAAGAUGUGUUGAGCUUAUAGCAAGUAGAUGUGUUGAGGUUAUAGCAAGUAGAUGUGUUGAGCUUAUAGCAAGUAGAAGGUGGAGUUGGAAGUUGGCACCUCCAUGGGCAGCUGCUACAGUCGUGGUCGAUAUGAAUCAUGCAGGAUCAGGGACUCAUUUAAGGCGUUCUCUAAUCCAGAUCCAUCAACGGCCAAUUAGCAUCUCAGCAGCAGAGGCAUUUUGUUUCAGGAACAAAGACUCUGUGCGGUCUCAGGAUCAUGGUGAGCAGUGCGGUCUCAGGAUGAACGGUCUCAAGAUGCAUUCGGGUGAGGUGAGCUCUAGCCCAGGCAUGGUGCUACCUCCACACUUCUCAAUCUCACUGGGUGGCUUUUUUUGGUGUGCUCCUUGUCUCACUUUCCGGUGCUCCUUGUCGCUUCGAUCGCUCAGGCGGUCAAUCCAUCUUCUUCUCGAAGAGCUUUUUCAAGCAGAAACGGAUAGCAGAAUGCUUCUCGACACGAGGACGGAGAGGAUCACUUUAAUGCGUGUGCUGUUGCAAGAGGCGGAAACGUCACAUUCUACACACGAAGAGGAUGGAGAAGAGGAUGGAGAGUGCAACUGCUGUCCUAGAGGAAGACAGUCUCUCCAGCGAUCCAAAGGGAGAAGCAGAAGAAGGAAACGCAGAAGAAGGAUCCUCCACGACCUCUGACUUGAGUAUCUUGGAACACUAGAAGCAACACUCUGACUUUAUUUUACUUGCAAUGCACGGUAGCUGUUGCUCUAAGGCAAAUGCGUUAGUGGUACAAGGACAGCCUCUCCUCGCGCGCACUGCGGAGCCAAAAAAAAGCGCCGCAAGUGCGGCACGUAUUCGCAGCAGUAUGGUGAAGUUAAUCGGAAUUGAUAUAAGUGAACAGGCCAACGCCUAAACCACUAAGCCAACUGCACUUAUCAGGAAUCACUAUCGUCAUCUCCCUUCUUCGUGCCUCAAUGCUGGCCAUCGAUCUUCUUCCUCCAUUUUUGCCUCUAUUUUCAAUUCGACUGGUAGCGAAAUAGACGCCCAUUUGACAAAGUGGGUUGGUGGAGGUGGUAACCCUCCUACUGCAUGUUGUAGUUGCAGUUCUUCCUGCUGCUCUAGGUUCAGGGCCC